ACAAUAUGGCACCCAUCAACAAGGUUUACCUGUGUAUUACACCUAAGAUGAAAUAACAAAUUAACUUUGUAUUGUAGUUACGACUACGAAAUAGACGGUAGCAAGCAGUCGCGCGGUUCUUUAAGCUGAUAAGUUGCUUGGCUGAAGAGUUGGGACACACUUCUAGCCAACGCAUCUCUCCGUCUCUCACCCGGUCUAUUCUCGCUGAUCAUUCGCUACCAAGCCUCCGCUCCCUUCACAUCAACCUCCAGCUCCGCGGCUCCACCUCCGGCAUGACUAAUAACAAUUUGAAAACGAAGGAGAGCACGACUCCACAUAGCCUGGUGACGGAGGACCACGUGAAGAAGGCGCUGCUGGCGGACAAGGGUAGCGACGCUCUUCUGGAGUCGUGGGUGAUGGAGGACUUCACCAAACAGGGCGACAACUACGCUUGCGUCGUCAGCAGCGUCAGGGUCAAGUUCUCCCUGCAUGGAGAUACCUCGGAAGUGGUCUACAUAGUGAAGCUCAACCCCUGCAGGAACAUUGAAGCAGUCGAACAUAUAACUCGCUUGUUAUUUUCAAAAGAGGCGAAAUUCUACCUCAAUCUGGCGUCUCUUAUGAGCGCAGAGCUGACUGCCAUUGGGCACGACCCACUGAGAAUUCCUGUUUGCUUCCACGGUUCACUGGAGAGUGGUCAUGAGAUCCUUUUCCUGAAAGAUCUUCGCCCUCGAGGGUUCAAGAUGUUUGACCGUAGGAAAGGCCUGGACGUUGCACACACAACUCUAAUAUUACAGGAACUGGCCAGAUUCCACGCUUCCUCUGUUCUGCUGGAGGCCAAGUGCCCUGGCGGCGACCUCUCCCUCCAGCACGAUUACCUCUUAGGAGACUGGACCACCGCUGAUAACAUGCCCGCUCUGUUUGACAGAUACCUGGAAAAUGCCAUACAAAUGUUGAAUAAAGUCGGUGGAUACAAUAGAGCAACAACCUGGAUUGAAAGUCUACGGGGAAAGGUCAAAGAUAUUUUUGAGGAGCAGCUGGGAAGCAGGGGCAAAUUUAUCGUUGUGUGUCAUGGUGACUGUUGGAACAACAACGUCCUCUUCAGGUAUGACAAUAAAGGGGCUCCAGUCGAGGUGAUGCUACUUGACCUGCAAGUGGUCCGCCGGAGCUCCCCAGCUGCCGACAUCAACUACCUACUAUACACCAGCCUCACAGGGGACAUCAGGAAGCCAAACCUAGACACCUUCUUAAGCAAAUACUACAACUCAUUCCACAGUGUCCUGCAGGAAGCUAAAAUGGACAUGCCCUUCACGGAGACCUGGCUCCUUCAGGAGUUCCGAGAAAAGAACCUCGUCGGAGCAUUAUUCGCCAUGAUGCUGGUGCCUAUGGUGCUCUUUGAGCCAGAGGACGUUCCUGACAUGUCAGGAGAUGAUAACAGUGACUUAGAGGAUAUAAUGAACGAUUUCAUGAAGAAGGGGCUGGAGAUGAUCGACACGAAUCCUCUGAUGAAGCCAAGGUUCUUAGCUGUGUUUGAUGAAAUGAUGGAAGUGGGUAUUAUUCCCUAAGCUGCUACAUAGUGACAUACAAUAAAGAAUUACUGAUUUACGAAUUAA